AUGGACCCAGGAGGACAUCGAGACUCUCCCCCAAACCCUCCCCCAAACUCUCACCGAGACCUGAUCCAACCCUUGAGUCGACCCCGCUAUGAAGAGACGGUGGCCGACAUGGAUGAACAGUUCAGGCGCGAACCUCGGGCGUACUCGUUCCAGGGCUCGAACUUCGCAGACGACGGCAGGGACAUGGACCAAGGCUCUGACUACACGCGAGGAUCGUCCCAAACAGCCUCCCAGCCCCACCAAGUCUUCAACAACUGCCAUGUCUAUAUUGGCUCGAAUCAAUAUGCCAAAGGCUGCGGCCGAAAUUCAUCGAGACAAACAGGCUCCCAGCCCCCCCGAGUCUGCGAAAACCGCAAUCCCAAUAUCGGCCCCGGUGAAGAUCCCUACUCCACGUCGAGGUCUUGGCGCACUAUCGACGAUGGAAGAAGCCCCGUCAAUCAGAACAUGUAUAUCCCCCCUUACCGCCCUGGAGAAUCCUCGUUUGACGGGCCCGGUGAUCUUUCUCCGGCCAGGCGCGUGGUUACACGCGAGCAGCCAUUCGAGGACACUGGCCGCACAUGCUGUAACCACCACUGCUGCUGCUGCUGCUGCCACGGGUUUACGCUUGUAAGAAAGAACCAUUCUGCCAAAAGUAGGGGCCCCACACGAUUUCGAGGUAUAAUUUGGUCUUGA